AUGAAUCGCAACCGUAUCUUUUCCGCCCGCGAGGUCGAGGACCGCAUUGCUCGAGGUCAGACCAUCGUGAUAGCGGACAAUCGUGUCCUUCGACUGGACGGGUGGCUCAAGUACCAUCCUGGAGGAAUCCUAGCUGUUAGGCAUAUGAUUGGCAGAGAUGCCACCGAUGAGAUUAAUAUUUAUCACUCCGAAAAGACGCUCGCAACCAUGGAUAAAUAUAGAAUCGGCCGUGUCGAGGGGCCUUGGAUAAGCAUGACGCCGCCCAUCAGGGGAGGCAUAUUCUCGACCAUGGACGACUCCAGCACCAGCUCGUCGGACGACGAGUCCCGUGGAUCUGAUACAAGUGUCACCUCCAUGGAAGACAUCAUAGAGACUCAGGAAGAAGUCAAGACCGAGAUCAGGAAGCGCGCAGCUUCACGCAGGGCUGGGACACAAAAUAAACACAUGACGCCAGAGGAAUAUACGGACAAGUUGGUGCAAAAGGAACUGGACGAUGACCACCGCAACUAUCCCUCCUUAGACCCGGAGACACAGCGCCAUAUUGCUACCAAGUACAAGCAGUUGCACCAGCGAAUUAAGGAUGAAGGACUAUACGACUGCCCUUAUAUCGAGUACGGAAAGGAGCUCAUAAGAUACUCCAUCCUGUUUGGCCUUUUUAUCAUCACCCUCAGGGCUGGAUGGUAUAUCCCAUCUGCAGUCUUCCUUGGCCUGUUCUGGCAUCAGAUCAUGUUCACUGCGCAUGACGGUGGCCAUCUAGCCAUCACACAUAACUUCGUCAUCGACACUCUCAUCGCCAUGUUCAUUGCAGACUUCUGCUGUGGACUAUCAAUCGGCUGGUGGAAAUCCAGCCACAAUGUCCAUCACCUUGUCCCGAACCAUCCAGAGCAUGACCCGGAUAUCCAGAAUAUUCCAUUCUUCGCAACGUCUCCAUCUUUCUUCAAAUCCCUGCGAUCCACAUACUAUGAUUUCGUUUACGUCUGGGACGAGGCUGCCAAUAUCAUAGGUCAAUACCAGCAUAUAUCCUAUUACCCGAUCAUGGCCAUAGCUCGGUUCAAUCUUUUGCUACUCUCCUGGAUGCAUCUGCUCUCUCCUCGGUCCGCUAGUUUCGGCGCCGUUCGUUGGACCAAACCAACCGAGAUCCUCUUCAUGUGCUGCUACUGGUACCUCUACGGCUACUGUCUUCUGUGGUGCACAAUCCCAACCUGGCCUAUGCGCAUCGCCUUCGUCCUCAUCUCUCAUAUCAUUACCAUGGGUCUACACGUUCAAAUAACACUCUCCCAUUUCGCUAUGUCUACCUCUGAUGUAAGCGUUGCUGAAUGUUUUGCCCAGCGACAGCUACGUACCACCAUGGACGUGGACUGUCCUGCCUGGCUUGACUGGGUCCACGGCGGUCUCCAGUUCCAGGCCAUUCACCACCUCUUCCCUCGCGUCCCUAGGCAUAACCUGCGGAAACUCCAGGGCUGGGUCAAGGAGUUUGCCGAAGAAGUUGGCAUUGAUUAUAAGAUCUAUGGGUUUGAAGAUGGUAACCGGAAGGUCUUGGGACGUCUUGGAGAGGUCUCCAAGCAAGUAGAAAUGCUUGUUCAAUGCCAGAAGUACAUGGCUGCUACUGGAGAAAGUGGCCUCCAUUGA